AUGCCCUCUAUUCGUCCUAAGAAGAAGCUCAAGGCUUUGCAUUGGGACAAGGUCGAUACUCCUCAGGUGACAGUCUGGGCGACGCAUGCACCCACCCAGGAGGAGAAGGAAGAGAAAUACACCGACCUGGCCAAGAAGGGUGUCUUGGAUGAGGUGGAGCGUCUGUUCAUGGCGAAGGAAACCAAGAUCUUUGGGAAUAGUGCAGCAGCGAAGCAGCGCAAGGACAAGAAGCAAAUUAUCUCCAACGACCUCUCGAAGAAUUUCCAGAUCGCCCUGGCCAAAUUCUCUCAAUAUCCUGCGGAAGAUGUGGUGCGGAUGAUUAUUCACUGUGACCGCGAGAUUCUGGAUAACAUGGUUGUCAUGGAUUUCUUGCAGAGAGACGAGCUGUGCACGAUCCCCGAAAACGUGGUUAAGUUGAUGGCGGCAUACAGCAUGGACUGGACCGGUCCUGGUGCGGCCAGCUCUGAGCGCGAACAAGAUCCCGCCGAGUUGACUCGCGAGGACCAAAUCUACCUCUACACUGCUUACGAGUUGAAUCAUUACUGGAAGGCCAGAAUGAGGGCUUUGGCGUUGACACGCUCCUUCGAAUCCGAGUACGAGCACCUCUCUGAGAAGUUGCAGUAUGUCGUGAAGGUCAGCGAGUCGCUGCGGGAUUCGGUUUCGUUGAUGAAUGUUCUUGGCCUGAUUUUGGAUAUUGGAAACUUCAUGAACGACGCCAACAAACAGGCCCAGGGCUUCAAGUUGAGCUCGCUCGCUCGUCUUGGCAUGGUCAAGGAUGACAAGAACGAAACGACCUUUGCCGACCUCGUCGAACGUAUCGUUCGCAACCAGUAUCCCGAAUGGGAAGGUUUCGUCGAUGAGAUCGCCGGUGUGGUCAGCUUGCAGAAGGUCAGCGUCGAUCUGCUGCGCCAGGACGCUACCAAGUAUAUCAACAACAUCAAGAACGUGCAGUCUAGCUUGGAUGCCGGCAACUUGAGUGACCCCAAGAAGUUUCAUCCCCAGGACCGUGUCAGCAAUGUGGUCCAACGAUCCAUGAAGGACGCGAGGCGCAAGGCCGAGCAAUUGCAGCUGUACCUGGAUGAAAUGAUCAAGUCGUAUGACGAUAUCAUGGUCUUCUAUGGCGAAGACAACUCGGACGAGAACUCUCGCCGCGACUUCUUUGCGAAGUUGGCUUCGUUCCUCAUGGAGUGGAAGAAAUCGCGAGAGAAGAACACUGCGCUAGAGGAAUCCAGGAAACGCACCGAAGCGUCUCUGGCGCGCAAGCGGGCCAAGGACCAGCGAGAUCGUCGUCGUCGUGCUCGACUGAAGGAGCGGCACCAGGUCCGCGUUGCCUCUGGCCAACAGGCCCCCAGUGGUGAUGCGGGAGAAGGUAACGAGCGCGAGGAUGCCAACGGCGAGACAAGCCUUGCCCAGAAUGGUCUUCUGAGUCCCCCGAUCCUCGAAGAGGGCGAGGACGGCAGCAAGGAAGUCUCCGAGGGCGAGGACGUUGCCGACCGUGCUGCCAGUAUGCUUAUGGGGUUGAGAAGCAACUCCGAUGCGAGCGGCGAGCGCCAGAGAAGACGCAGAGAAAGUGCCGACGAGGAGCGCCGAAAUCGCCGCGCGAGAAGACGCAAUGGCGCAACAAGUGGGAGCAAAGACAGUGCCGAUGGGUCGGGGCUCCCAUCUGUGCCAGAGCCCGAGUCCCCCAGUGCGGAUGACCAGCCCCUACCUUCUCCGCCCAAUGAAGACGAGUCAGCUUCACAACAGCCGCCCUCGAUUGUCGUGUCCGAGCAGCAUGAUAACGCCGAAGGUUCCUCUGCAAGCCAGCCGAUUGAAUUGUCGGAUUGA